CCUUAAAAUUUGGUUGGAAAAUGAAAAAGAGAAGCGCCGGUCAAAGGAUCAUGCACUGCGCGUGAUAUUUUCUACACCGCCUUAACGGACCAAUUAAUUUGCUGACGUGGCAUAGAUUUAAGGUAGAUCUUCACGGUUACUUCUUGAUUUCGUCCGCAUUCACUCCACUUCUCCACCUUCUUCAAAGCAUUACAUAAUACACAGCUGCAGCAAAAAUUUCUCAGUCCAAUGGCUGCACUCUCCUUUCCUUUCCUCAAACCAAACACUUCAUUUUCUUCUUUACCGUUCACUCCAUUGCCGCUCCUUUCUAGAAACAUCUCUUUCUUUCCAAUCCUCUAUGCGCCCCCUCACCGAGCCACUCUCACACUCGCUUCCUCCUCCGCCAAACCUCCUCCCGCCACAUCCACUUCCGUGACCGUCGAAACCGCCACUGAGAAUCAUGCUAACUCAACUGUUGUCGUUAUCCGCGCGCGUAACCGGAUCGGUCUCCUCCAAGUCAUCACGCGUGUAUUCAAUUUUCUCGGCCUACGCAUCGACAAAGCCAGCAUAAACUUUGAAGGAGACUGUUUUAUCAAAACGUUCUUCGUAACCGAUUCUCACGGCAACAAGAUCGACGAUAAAGAGAGUUUGGAGAGGAUCAAGAAGGCCUUGAUCGAGGCAAUCGACGGUGACGGUGACGGUGACGAUGACGUUGCCGUGUCUGUGGAGUCGGCGGCCAGACGGAUCGUGGUUAAUAAGCCUCGGUUAAGUUUUGGGGAGAAGAAAUCCAAAGUUGAGAGGAUUUUUGAACUGAUGGAUGGUUUCUUGAAGAACGAUCCGACUAGCUUACAAAAUGAUAUUUUACAUCAUGUUGAGUACACGGUGGCUCGAUCACGGUUUAGUUUCGAUGAUUUUGAAGCUUAUCAGGCUUUAGCACACAGUGUAAGAGAUCGGUUGAUUGAACGUUGGCAUGAUACUCAGAUGCAUUUCAAGAGAAAAGACCCAAAGCGAAUUUACUUCCUUUCACUUGAGUUUCUUAUGGGCCGUUCCUUGUCAAAUAGUGUCAUCAACCUUGGAAUCCGAGACCAAUUUGCAGAUGCUUUAAGCCAACUUGGUUUUGAGUUAGAGGUUUUAGCGGAGCAGGAAGGAGAUGCCGCCCUGGGUAAUGGAGGCCUUGCUCGUCUUUCGGCAUGUCAAAUGGAUUCUCUAGCAACUCUGGACUAUCCUGCGGUAGGGUAUGAUUACGCUAACCAGUAUGGGUUGUUCCGCCAAGUCAUAUUGGAUGGGUUUCAACAUGAACACCUUGAUUUUUGGUUGAAUUUUGGAAACCCUUGGGAGAUAGAGCGGGUUCAUGUCACAUAUCCUGUUAAGUUCUAUGGGACUGUCACAGAUGAACUUUUGAAUGAAGAAAAUGGUAAAGUUUGGGUUCCCAAGAGAACGGUUGAAGCCGUGGCCUAUGACAAUCCAAUACCUGGUUAUGGAACAAGGAAUACCAUUAAUCUCCGCCUUUGGGCUGCUAAACCAAGUGAUCAGCAUAAUAUGGAAUCCUAUAACACUGGAGAUUACAUCAAUGCUGUGGUCGAAAGACAGAGAGCAGAAAAUAUUAGUAGCAUAUUAUACCCGGAUGAUCGUUCUUAUCAGGGUAAAGAAUUGCGGUUGAAACAGCAAUAUUUCUUUGUCUCAGCAUCAGUGCAAGACAUCAUCAGAAGAUUCAAAGAUGCUCACAGUACCUUUGACGAUUUUCCAGAGAAGGUUGCACUGCACCUGAAUGAUACUCAUCCAUCUCUUGCAAUAGCUGAGGUAAUGAGAGUGCUUGUGGAUGAAGAGCAUUUAGGCUGGAACAGAGCAUGGAACAUCAUAUGCAACGUAUUUACAUUCACAACGCAUACUGUAUCACCUGAAGGAUUGGAGAAAAUCCCCGUGGAUCUACUGGGCAGCCUUCUCCCUCGACACUUGCAGAUUAUAUAUGACAUAAACUUCAAAUUUGUGGAAGAGCUAAAGAAGAGGAUUGGUUUAGAUUACAAUCGGCUGGCCAGGAUGUCAAUUGUUGAGGAAGGUGCUGUGAAGAGUAUUCAAAUGGCAAACCUAUCAAUUCUUUGUUCUCACACUGUGAAUGGUGUCUCAAGAGUACAUUCAAAAUUGUUAACAACAAAGUUAUUCAAGGACUUCUAUGAGCUGUGGCCUGAAAAAUUUCAAUACAAGACAAAUGGAGUGACCCAGCGUCGCUGGAUUGUUGUGAGCAAUCCUAGUUUAUGUGCUCUUAUCUCAAAAUGGCUUGGAACAGAAGAUUGGAUCCGUGAUAUUGACCAUUUAAUAGGAUUGAGAGAACAUGCAGCUAAUGGCGAAUUGCAUCAAGAAUGGAAGAUGGUUAAGAAGGUCAACAAAAUAAGGCUUGCUGAGUACAUUGAAGCAAUGAGUGGUUUGAAGGUCAGCUUGGAUGCAAUGUUUGAUGUUCAGACAAAGCGGAUACAUGAAUAUAAACGGCAGCUGCUUAAUAUACUUGGCAUUAUCCAUAGAUAUGACUGUAUCAAGAAUAUGGACAAGAAUGACAGGAUAAAGGUUGUACCACGUGUCUGCAUAAUUGGAGGAAAAGCUGCUCCAGGUUAUGAAACUGCAAAGAAAAUUAUCAAACUUUGUCAUGCUGUGGCUGAAAAAAUCAACAAUGACAGUGAUAUUGGAGAUCUUUUAAAGUUGGUUUUUAUCCCUGAUUACAAUGUUUCUGUUGCUGAGUUGGUAAUACCAGGGGCUGACAUUUCUCAACAUCUAAGCACUGCAGGACAUGAGGCAUCAGGAACCGGCAGCAUGAAGUUUUUGAUGAAUGGUUGUUUACUUUUAGCUACAGUAGAUGGUUCUACAGUUGAAAUUAUUGAAGAAAUUGGGGAGGAUAACAUGUUUUUGUUUGGUGCAAAAGUGCAUGAAGUUUCUGCAUUGCGUGAGAAAGGACCUGCUCUUAAAGUUCCUCUGCAAUUUUCACGUGUCGUAAGAAUGGUUCGUGAUGGUUAUUUUGGGUUUAAAGACUAUUUCAAAUCGUUGUGCGACAACAUAGAGGGUGGGCAGGACUAUUAUCUACUUGGUGCUGAUUUUACAAGCUAUCUAGAGGCCCAGGCAGCUGCAGAUAAAGCAUAUGUUGAUCAAGAGAGAUGGACUGAAAUGAGUAUACUUAGCACUGCUGGCUCUGGGAGAUUUAGCAGUGAUAGGACAGUUGAAGAGUAUGCCCAAAAGACGUGGGGAAUUCAACCCUGCAGAUGCCCCUUUUGAAAAUCCACGCUCUGGGAGGCUGAGAAGCUAUAUCACCAACUUUUCAAUUUCGAUAAUAAUAAUACACUAUUAAGAAGAAAGAAAAGAUUUUUACAGGAAGCAGGAAUAGCGGCUUAUAUGGUUCUCCCUCCCAUGUUAUAUUUAGGUGCUGUUAUCACAAGUUCA